AUGUCUACAGUCAAAAUUACUGGGAUUGGUGGACGCCAGAUAACUGUUCAUACCGGACUGUUUAUCAACAAUGAGUUUGUCCCUGCACAAGACAAUGCCACCGUGAAGACUGAGAACCCUUUCAAUGGGAAGGUACUCGCGGAUAUAUCGGCUGCUCAGGCCUCUGAUGUUGACAAGGCUGUCGCAGCCGCCGAAAAGGCUUUCAAUGGGACCUGGAAGUCUACUCAGCCCACGGUUCGAAGGAACCUGCUGAAUCGUUUGGCCGACCUCAUCGAAAGAGAUAACGAAGAGUUAGCCACGCUUGAGUCUGUCGAUGCUGGUAUUCUAUUCAGAGAAUCUAGUGGGAUUUUCGUUGCUCAAGCUGUGGAGACACUCCGCUACUACGCUGGAUGGGCUGACAAGGUCGAUGGCCAAUCUCUACACAUCCCUCAGGGUAUCUCAUACUCGCGCCGAGUCCCCAUCGGCGUCUGUGCUGCUAUUGUUCCUUGGAACGCACCAUUGAUGAUCACUAUGUGGAAGCUUGCCGCUGCUCUGGCUACCGGGAAUGUCCUUAUUAUCAAAACGCCAGAGGACGCGCCAUUGUAUGGCCAGAAGCUUGGCCAGCUCAUUGUCGAAGCAGGAUUUCCUCCAGGCGUUGUCAGCAUACUCUGUGGUCUAGGGACAGUGGCUGGUUCAGCCAUUUCUGCACACCCGGCUAUCCGUAAGUUGUCUUUCACGGGAAGCCCUGGCGUGGGCCGUCAGAUUCUAGCUGCAUCUGCCAAGUCAAAUCUGAAGAAGAUCAGCUUGGAGCUCGGAGGCAAGGGCCCUAGCAUCGUCUUCGACGACGCCGACUUUGAGAAUGCACUUCAGUGGACAGCAGCUGGCAUUACAGUGAACAAUGGCCAGAUCUGUGCUGCAGGAAGUCGCAUUUACGUGCACGCUGAUAUCUACGACAAAUUUGUCAAGGCCUUUUCAGAAAAAACAAAGGAUUCCGUUGCUGGUGACCCGUUGUUGCAAGAAACGACGAAAGGACCAGUUAUCAACGCGGGACAAAAAAAGCGAAUUAUGGGAUAUAUCAAGAUAGGUCAAGACGAGAAGGUCAAAGUCUUGCACGGAACAGAUGAUUCCAAGUUGCCUACCGAGGGUCAUUUUGUGCCCAACACUGCUUUUGUGGACGUCGACCCUCAGGCGACUGUGAUCCGAGAAGAAAUCUUUGGUCCUGUUGCUUGCAUUGCCAAGUUUAGCACCGAAGAAGAGGUUGUCAGGCUAGCCAACGAUAGCUCCUACGGACUUGGUUCGGCUGUCUUUACAAAGGACAUCAACAAGGCGAUUCGUGUGAGCGAGGAGCUCGAGAGCGGGCAAGUUGCUAUUAACAUGUGGGGAGUUGUUAACGCAAAUGUGUCUUUUGGUGGUUUCAAAGAGAGUGGAUUCGGUCGAGAUUGUGGCAAGGAGGCUAUCGACGAUUGGACACAGGCGAAAUACAUCAGCGUGAUGGUUCCAAAGUUGUAA